GGUAUGCCAGCACUCUUGAUUACAUCUGUCAUCACUGUCAUCGCACGGCACAUCCCUGAAACACUAUUACCCUCCGGACUUGAACCGUUUCUCCAUCUUUCUCCCAACUACCGUCUCUCAUUCAAUGCCCACAGCUACAGCUAACACUCAGCUCCAGCUCCCGCAUCUCAUCUCAUAUUGUGAUGCGUUCGAACUGCGGACGAACCCGCAUUGCCGUACUGUUGCAGACAAGGCGAAGAAAUGGGUCGUAGAUAGCAACACAGGCGGCUUCCUAAGCGAACAGGAGCGGCGGGCAUUCUGCGGACUUCAAGCUACGCUCCUGAUCUCCCUGUGCUAUCCUACCUGCGAUGCAGCGCAACUGCUUGCCAUCACGCAAAUGUUCACGUUGAUGAUCCAUUGUAUGGACAGCUCCCAGAUCACGGCUCAGAGCGCCGCCACGCAGCGAGCAUUCGAUGGAAUAUGGACCUGCCUCCGACGAACAACAAAUGCGGACUGGCAAACCCGCUUCCGGCGGCACCUACGCGCAUUCCGUACCGCCCUCAUGCGCACUGAAGCCGACUCCGACCGGGGCAUCAUGCCAGACAUCGAGUCGUACAUCGCACUCCGACAGGACUCCUCCGGCACGAAACUGCUCUUCGAUCUGAUCGAGUAUGCAGAAGGACUGCGGAUACCGCCUUCGCAACAUGCAUCGCCGCUCCUCCAACGUCUGAAAAGUGACGCCUGCAACAUCAUCUCAUGGUCCACGGACAUCGCCGCGUACGCGCGAAUACACGUGGCGCGCGACAGGCACAACCUCGUUACCGUCCUCAUGGCCGAGCGCCGCCUGCCCGUGCAGACCGCCAUGCACGCGGCAGGGGCGCUAGUGAAGGAGACCGUACAGACGUUCCUUGCGAACGAGCACAUGUUUCUCAGCCAAGGCCAGCCGGUGGACAAGGACGUGCGGCGGUAUAUCCAGGGCUUGCGGGAUUGCAUUGUCGGCGCGGUGCAUUGGUUGUAUGAGACGGACAGGUUCUUUGGCGAUAACGGGGACGAGGUGAGGGACCUGGGGUGGGUGUUCGUGGCGGCGAGCUAGUAAGGAGCCAGUGAGCGGUAACGAUGGCGGUCUCGGACUCACAUAUUUAUAGACACUGAUAUAGCUCAGGUUGGAAUUUCUAGCGAGCGGACAAUCGUUUGGCCUUCAGACAGAUAUAAUUUCAGAAAUGGACUGUUCACGAUGUCAGUACGAGUCUCCGUUUUCUGGUCUAUCAG